GAUUUCCAGUGGUGGUCGGUCACGUUGUGCCUGUAGCCGAGCUUUGAGAGGCGAUUACACUUUGAAUUCGACCAGGGUAAGUUUUGCAAGCAACAUAGUCAAUCUAUUCAAGUUACUUCUCCCACCAUGACAUAUGUAAUACCCACUCUACGUGCGGAGAUUAAGGCUUGGGAACGCGAUUUCAAGGAUAAAUACAACAGAAACCCUUCUGUACAGGACAUCAAAGACAUGGAUGUAAUAGCUGAAAAGUAUAAAUUAUACAAGACUUUGAUCAAAACUAUGCCAGCUGCUGCGCUUAGUGCAGCCUCUACGCCUUCCAAGUCUCAAAGUCACCUUUCUCAUUCGGUUGCAGUCAUGUUUGGUCCUCGUGCUGUGAAAGUCACCGCAGCUCUACCGAAGCCCAACCCGUUUUCGCCCCUCAAAGAUAUAGUGAGGGCAGGGCACAAAUCGCCAAAUGCAUUUACCACCCCAGCUCGGGACAGGUCUUGGUUUUGGGAUAGAUCUCCAGAAAUAUCUUCACCCAUCCGGGCAGAGCAUAACUCGACAACCCUUCAUGCUCCCUUAGUAACAAGUAGUGCGGUUUCUCGGGCUAGGAAACGCUUUCGUGGAGAGCCCGUCUCACCUUCACCCAGCAAGAUUAAACGCCAGCGCCUUGGUUUGCAAAGUACUCUUCGUCUCACGGCGUACCCAUCAUGCGAUUCCCAAGGCGACGCUGAAUCAGGACGAUUUACUGAUGAUGAUCCCCAUGACAUACCAUUUAUAGACAACUCGCCUUCCAAGCCUCCUAGUGGUAAAAAAUCAUUCAAGUUACUGUUUGAAGAUAUAACUCCUUCACAUGGUUUAUCUGCUUGCUCUAAGUGGCCUCAAUCUGCAGGCGAAAGUCGCUUUAGCAGAGGCACAAAUGAACAACGCACCAAGAGAAGAAGCAUUACCUCGAGCAUAAAAGUCGAUCAAGGCCUGACGACCAUCAAUGACAGAGGCUUUGCCUCUUCAGACCAGAAAUUGGACUCGGGCCAUGCUCUCAGAUUCACUAGUCAAACAGAGCAUUUUGAUUUUGUCAAAGUGUCUGAGGAUAUAUACACAACCCACAAGCCUUCACCUGGACCGUCUCCGCAAAGAGCUCCCAUGACGUGCUCCCUGAUCAAGUCUGAGGCAGCGUCUCAAAGUUCUGAAGUGUCAUCAACGCGCCCCCACCGGAUCGUGCUACUUCCCCCUUCGCCGCCUCCCGCCUCCAUCGAUUCAUAUCACUCACAUUGCAACGGGAACAAAGCUAUUGCAACUGUGGGCAGGAAUAAAUACAAGUUAGCAGAGGAAGAUGAUCAAGUCGAGGGCAAGGUAAAAGACAUUGAUGAGACUAUUCCUGUAAAGGUCUUGAAGCGCGCUCUGCAGAUGCAUGUAGACGACCACUUGGAUUCUGACCCUGCCCUGUCGUAUGCUACUCGUAACGCCGAUUCAGGUAUCUGGGCAACAGAUGACGGGAGAUAUAAUGAACAGGAAGGACUUGAAAUCAACCUCCCCGAUAAGCUUCGCCGUAUGCUAGCCAUACUACCCUCAAGAAGGCAACACAAAAACGAGGAGUGUGUUGUCCAUAGAUUGCUAUAUGGUGCUCAUAUCUGUCACUAUGACACUUGCAAAGGGGGUGAAAUCUGGAACGUGGGUGAAGGAGAAGACAAUAUGGCUAAAUAUGAAGACGAAGGAGACUGGGAGAGUGAGCCUGCAUUGUGGGAAAUGGGAGAGCUCUAGGCUGCAAUGGACUUCUUCGAGUUCUAUGAUUUCAACGCUUUAGCAUGACUGCGAUAAUUCCCACCAUAAAGGUGAUUGAAAAGUCUUCAUCAUAAUUAAUAUGCUGUCUGAUUACACGAUGCAAGAGCUCGAU